AUGUCAAUUUUCGCUCGUGGCAAUUGGAGGUGUUUGUGGUGGCGUGGCGCUCAGGCGCAGUGGUUGGACCGCUGCUUUCAGGUUGACGUGCGAGGGGCCGACGGAAUAGCGGCGCCGGUGAACGGCCUGACGGCGCCCACCCAGGUGGAGACGGCGUCUGGGUUUGGAAGGGCGAUCCACGUCAAGCACGCGGGCGGGAGGAUGCAGCUGGCGCGGGUCUGCGCCUGCCUUGCUUACCUGGCAUGUGUGGUGCAAUGGAUCACUGUAGCUGGUGCUGCACCUGCCAUGGUGGCAGAUAAAGGGUUGGCAUUCUCCAUUGCCGAUGUGCCAAUUGUGCUGGCUGUUGCACAAGCCAUGGCAGUGGCAGGAAAGGCAGUUGCAUCACAUGUGGUGGACACGCUCUCACCCAAGCCUGCCCUCAUCUUCAUUCUUGUGACCACCUCCCUGUCCAACGCCCUCUUCGUAUGCGGCACUUCAGUUCCUUGGUUUUGCUUCUGCUUUGGGCUCACUCGAUUUGUGAAUGCCUCUGCAUGGGUCACUGCAAAGCAGUUGAUGCGCCGCCUCACACCUGCUGAGAUGCAGGGAGCUUCUAUGGGCAGUUUGGCUUUUGCCUCGCGGCUUGGAAGCACAGCUGGCAUGUUUGGUUUCAGCUGGCUCUUGCUGCAUGGCUUCCAAUGGCAUACACUCUUUCAAUCUGCUGCGCUGCUUGGAUCCAUUGCUGCCGCCUUUCUUGUCUACUUCGUCCCGGAUGAGCCCCUUAGCCACGAGAUGCAAAGACAUAGAAGCAGGCCCAGGGGCAACGAUGUGUCUUUUUUGGGCAUUUGUAGUCGACGGAUCAAGACAGCACUGAAGACAGGGCAACACAACGGAAUUGUCAGUGUCACUCAGAGCAGGGAAGGUGGUGCCUCGGAUGGCGCCCUGAAACAAGGAUGGGGCGCCUUUUGGACAAUGCUACGAAGGCCAUCGGUCAGGUUGAUGCUGCUGACGCGCUGCUUCCUCCAGUUAGUGAUCGAGUUCCAGGUGUUCAUCGCCCUGUUCGGCCAAAGCACGGGCCUCAGCCCUGGACUGGCCACCCGCUUGGCCACCUGGUUCUCGGCGGGCGCCGGCGCCUCCGUCCUCACCGCCGGCUUCCUGUACUGUGCCCUCACCCCCCGCCAGCGCACCUCCUUUAUAACUGCCCUCUGUGGCAUGGCGGUCCUAUGCCUGGCCUGCCUGGCAGCUGGGGCCCGCGGGCCGGCCCUCACGGCACUUUUGCUGCUGUUCCUUGGGGCCAGCAUUGGGCCGGCGUUCUAUGUCCCGAUCCCAGAGUUCAAUGUGCGCCACCCGCCCAGAAGUGCCUCAGCCCUGGAGGGCUGCAGCGAGACCAUCACCUUCUCUUUCGCGAUCCUGUUCGACUUGUACGUGGGUGGGGUGGCGGGCGGGGGAGAGCCAGAGGCCUGGACGCCGCUGCUGUGGGGGCUGACGGGCAUCAUGACGGCGGGGAUGGCAUCGAUGCAUUGCUUCAUGCGUGGGCAGGAGGCGCAGGGCGGGGAGGCGAAGCUGGGCGAGGCGCUUCCUUGA